GCUGUGGCGCUUCGAGUUGCCUUUAGGCGGGUCCUUGUUUGUAUUCCUUUUGUGGCCGCAGCCAUGUCAUUGCUGAUUUGCUUAGGGUUGCUGCGUUUGUGCUUGUGGAACAAACAAAGCCAAGCCUACCCUGCUGGAGCUAUAAAGGAGACCGGGACAAUGACACGUCUGGAUAGUGCACAGUUGUUUGAAGGUCAGCUCACAAAACCACUCUAAAUAACCAUCCAGGGCCACUGAGCACACUUGAGAGGCGAAGAUGACAUCCAUUGCAGAGCGACUGGCCCGUAAGAAGGAGAGGGAAGAAGGCAUUGGCACUAACCAGCAAGCAGUCAAGUUCUCCCAACAGGAUUACGAGACUCUGCGCCAGGAGUGUCUGAAGCGCGGCCGUCUCUUUGAGGAUAACUGCUUUCCAGCUGAGCCCAAAUCCUUGGGCUUCAACGAGCUGGGACCGUACUCAUCCAAAACCAGGGGCGUUGUCUGGAAAAGGCCAACGGACCUGUGCUCUGAGCCAGAGUUCAUUAAGGAUGGGGCGACGACCACAGACAUUUGCCAAGGAGCUCUAGGUGACUGUUGGCUGCUGGCUGCAAUUGCCUCUUUGACUCUUGACCAGCGGAUCUUGGCUCGCGUGGUGCCCAUUGGACAGAGUUUCUCCGAUGAUUAUGCCGGGAUAUUUCACUUCCAGUUUUGGCAGUUUGGUGCGUGGGUGGACGUGGUGAUUGAUGACCGCUUACCCACCAAAGAUGGAAAGCUUCUGUUUGUUCAUUCAACGGAGGGCUCAGAGUUUUGGAGCAGCCUGCUGGAAAAGGCCUACGCCAAAGUGCAAGGCAGCUACGAGGCCCUUUCUGGAGGAAACACCAUCGAGGGUUUUGAGGACUUCACAGGGGGGAUUGCAGAAGUCUACGCUUUGGACAAAGCUUCAGCGAAGCUCUUCUACAUUAUGGAAAGGGACCUGAGUCUGGGUUCGCUGCUGGGUUGCUCUAUAGACAUAACCAAUGCCUAUGAGACAGAGGCAAUUACAGGGCUGAAACUUGUCAAGGGGCAUGCUUACUCAGUCACUGAUGCAAAGGAGGUCCAGUCUCGAGGCAGGCCAGUUCAGCUGGUCCGCAUCAGGAACCCCUGGGGUCAGGUGGAGUGGACUGGGCCCUGGAGUGAUGAAUCCAGUGAAUGGGAGCACCUCAGUGCAGACGAGAAAUCUAAGUUGAACCAUGUGGCUGACAAUGGAGAGUUCUGGAUGUCCUAUUCAGACUUCAUCAAGCAGUUCACAAAGCUGGAGAUCUGUAACCUGACCCCGGACACCCUCAUGAGUGACGAUGUGGGCCACUGGAACAACUACCAGUUUGAAGGGAUUUGGAGGGUGGGAUCCACCGCAGGUGGCUGCCGCAAUAACCCAGCCACAUUCUCGUCCAACCCUCAGUUUGUGGUGCGCCUGGAGGAUGUGGAUGACGAUCCUCUGGAUGAGGAGGAUGGGUGUACCUUACUGGUGGGGCUGAUGCAAAAGGAUGGAAGACGGCAGAAGAGGCUUAACUGCGACCUUAACACCAUUGGCUUCGCCAUUUAUAAGGUCCCGGACCAGUACAAAGGCUGCAGCAAUAUUCACCUAGGACCGGACGUCCUGCUGAGACAGAAGGCUGUGGCCAUGAGCAGCAACUUCAUCAACACGCGGGAAGUGUGCGACCGCUUCAAACUUCCUCCGGGAGAAUAUGCAAUAGUUCCUUCCACCUUCCUGCCUCACAAGCAAGGCAGCUUUGUUCUCCGGGUGUUCUCAGAGAAGAAGGCUGCAGCCAGUCAACUGCAGGUGGAUAUCAAUGCUGAAAUAGAGGAGAAAGAAGUAUCUGAGAGUGAUGUGGAUCCUCAUUUCAAACGUCUCUUCAAGCAGAUUUCUGGAAAUGACAUGGAGGUAUCAGUAUUCGAACUGCUUACAAUUUUGAACAACGUCGUCUCUCACCGGUCUGAUAUCAAGACGGAUGGCUUCAGCCUUGAGACUUGUCGCCUCAUUGUCAGUCUGCUGGAUAAAAAUGAGAGUGGCACUUUGGGAUUAAUGGAGUUCCACUUGCUGUGGAACAAAAUCCAGAAAUACCUGAACAUCUUCAAGAAUUUCGACACAGACAACUCUGGCACCAUGAGCUCCCAUGAGAUGAGAGGCGCUACCGCUGAAGCAGGUUUCCAAGUAAACAGUACUGUGUUGCAGUCCAUUGUGAAUCGCUAUGCUGAUGCUGAGUAUGCCAUAGACUUUGACAGUUAUGUGGGGUGCCUCAUAAAACUAGAAAUGCUCUUCAAAAUGUUUAAGGCUCUGGAGAGAGCUGACACAGGGAAAAUGGAGCUGGAUAUACAGCAGUGGCUGUGCCUUGCGAUCCACUGACUCUGGAGUGAGAGAAGGAAGGAUCCUCUCUUGAACUGCAAGAAGAUUACCUGUGAAUGUAUUUCAUUCACAAACAAAACAUUUAUUUUAUUUGAACAAUUUGAGUAAAUCCAAUACAAGAAAUACGUCGCAACAUUUCCAUGUGUAACCCAUUUUUUCAAAAUGCUUUUUUCUUAGAACUUUUGAGCAUAAAUUUCACAAAAAAUCCACUGUAAAAUGAAAUAAAGAAACCAUGAAUCUAUGGCCUCCAGACUAUCGGUGUUUAUAAAAGCUUUCACAUAUCAGACAGAUGUGUGCUGUGUCAACUAUGUCACAUUAAGUUUAUUUUCACUUUCACAAAAAAUAUCCUAGAGAUAUAAUUUGAUUGACCAAAGCUGUUUUGGAAG